AGCCCUUCCCAGCCGACGCGAUCAUGCACCAGGCCUCCGGCCACCCGAGGGCCCGGUGGGGCUGUGCUUUGUGCUCCCAGAGGCCAGGACCAACCACCAGGUUGCCAGCGGGUGGUGGAGUGGGCCUCGGGGUGAGGUCAGGGCCCCUGCUGGGGGGCCAUGGCUCUGAGCAGUGGACAGUGUUGCCAGAGGAGAGGACAGGCCAGGGUCUGCCCACCCCAGGGGACACCUGGCUCUCACCUCUGGGUGUCCCCUCUGCCUCCUACCCACCCUCCCACCCCCGGAACCCCACACUCCCACCCCCGGAACCCCACCUGGUGGGCAGGCCUGGGCCUGGAACCCACUGCCCCAGUAACCAGGGGCGUAGAACCCCGCAGGACUCUGAGCCUGCUCUCCGGUGGGCACCUCCACUCCCACCUGCCAGGCCCGGCCUGCCCAUGCAGCACCCCAAGGCCUUCUACCCCAGCGCAGCCCCCCAGGAAGGCUUCAGCCCCAGGGGCCUGGAGAGCGCCGAGGGGCUGGGCAGCCAGCCAGCGCCCGCCUGCCCUGAGCCUGCAGCUGCCGUGGCCUCGAACCUCCUGUAUCAGCCCCUAAGCUCGGAGAAAGAGGCGUUUCCCGCCCCUCCAGCAGGCUUCCAGAUGGCGCCGUGCGGCUGCUUCUUUGACCCCCGCAUCUACCGAAUCGAGUGGGCCACCACCGACUUUGGCCAGUCGUCCCUGUGCAAGCUGGCCGUGGCUGGGGGCCCCGCCUCGCCAGGCAGCUACCUCCUGGAGCCCCAGCACUACCUCAAGGGCCCCGGGCCAGCCCCGCCACCGUAUCCCCACUACCAGCCAGCGCCCGGGGGGCCCCAGUACCUCAUGCCCUACUUCCCCCCGGAGGGACCUGGGCCCGAGGCCCUGGGCUUGGUGGGCGAUGGGGGGCCCCCCGCCUUUGUGGACCUGCCCCCGCCGCUGCUCCAGGAGAGCCUGGCGCCCCCCAAGGAGAGCAGGCUGCCCCCCAAGGAGAGCAGGCUGCCCCUGCUGCUCGUCACGCUGUCCACCGAGGCCACCCUGCCCCCCAGCACCUACGGCCCCCUCAAGGGCCACCUCAUCCAAGUCCAUGGGUCUGAGGGGGCCGCACGGCCCAGCGAGCCCCUGGCUGUCCCCACCAAGGAGCCGCAGGGUGGCAGUGGGGCCGUGCCCAGCCUGCCGCACGCCACAGGUCCCGGGGAGGCCAAGGCCCCGGAGGCCGCGCGGGCCUUCGUGCUGCCGGACAAGGUGCUGCUGGAGGACGCCAUGAAGCUCUUCGACUGCCUGCCCGCCGGCGCGGAGCCCGAGGCCACCCCGGCCACCCCGCGCGAGGUGCCCAGGCCCGCCCUGCCCGACUGCGGGGGCGGCGGCGACGACUCCUCCAGUGACAUCCGCUCCCUGCACCUGCCCGACGAGCUGCUGUCCUUCGACUACAGCGUGCCCGAGAUCCUGGACACCGUGUCCAACGUGGACUGCUUUUUCAACUUCAAGGCGCUUGACGAGGCCCCGCCGCUCCGCCUGGGGCCCCCUGCUGCUGACCCUGCGGCCCCUGUCCUGAGGUCUGACCCCCCGGGGAAGAAGAAGGCUGCCUCUGCCGCCAGGAAGGGGAAGCCGGGUGGCAAGGGCAGGCAGGUGGCAGCCCCCGUGGGGCCGCGGCAGGACCUGGGAGUCGCCCCCCAUUAAAAGUUUUGAUCUCUCA